CAGCGAGACUGGAGCGGGCUGCGGGGAGAGCGCACGCGGCGGCGGCGGCGGCGGACCGGCUGGGGCUGCUGACCGGGGGAGCCGGCGGGCGCCUCUGCCCGGAUCCCCCUCUUGGCAUGAGACGCAGUUGCUGACCGCGGACCGACCGACAGAGCGGAGGCCGGACUGCAGGCGGCGGCGGGAGAUGGGCGGCGGCCGCUGCGCCCCGGGCCGGGCUCUGAUCCUGCUGCUGCUGGCGCUGGGGCUCCCCCGGUCCCAAGCCGAGAGCCCCGCGCCGCCCGCGCUCUGCGCUCCCAGCGCCUCCGGGACACAACCGCGGCCGCCGGACCUGCAGCCCAAUUGCACCGCGCCGCCUGUCCUGUGGCUCUGCCCGGCACUGUCGCCAGCCCGCGGCCUCUGGGCGCACCUGCUUGGGCCGCUGUGCGGCGACGCGGCGGCAGCGGCUAAGGGCGCGGGCGGGCAAGUGUUGCUGCUCAGCCGCCUUCUGGUGGCCCAGGAUCCGGGCGGUCGCUUCCGCAGGGGACGGAGCCGGGCGCUGUGCUUGGAGCCGGGCUCCCGCAUUCCUCUCCCGCCGGCCAGCGCGUGGGAAGGCUGCCACCUGCGGUGCAGGGUGCGAGGCGGCGACGGCGGCAGGAGCCUCCGGGCCCACCCCCGCGGCGGGGAGCUGAUCCUGGCGCCGCCGCGGGCCACGUGCCUCCGCUCCGGGCACCCGCUGCGCCUGGGGCUGCUGUGCGAGCGCUGCGCGGAGGAAGGCCCGACGGCGGUGGUGCGCUGGAGCCUGGGCCUGGGCUCCUCUCGGAGCGAGCUGGAGAAGCUGUGGCUGGCGGAGGGGGGCCGCCGGGACCCGGGGAGCAGCCGGCGGAGGCGCAACGUCAACGCCAGCCCGCAGUUCCAGAAGCCCACCUACCAGGUGUCGGUGCCGGAGAACAGGCCCGCCGGCACUGCUGUGAUUUUGUUGGGGGCUGCAGACCCUGAUGAGGGCGAGUGGGGCCGCUUGGACUACUCCAUGGAUGCCCUGUUUGAUAGCCGUUCCAACAGCUUCUUUGCCAUUGACCCCCAGACUGGCGCGGUGACCACAGUGGAGGAGCUGGACAGAGAAACCAAAAGCACCCACGUGUUCCGUGUCACUGCCACCGACCACGGCGUGCCACGCCGCACGGCCCUGGCCACCCUCACAAUCACAGUCAGUGAUACUAAUGACCACGAUCCUGUUUUUGAGCAGCAAGAAUACAAAGAGAACAUGCGGGAGAACCUGGAGGUUGGCUAUGAAGUGUUGACGGUGAGAGCCACGGAUGGUGAUGCCAGCCCCAAUGCCAACAUCCUGUACCGUAUCUUGAAUAGUAAUGGGUCCAACAGGAUAUUUGAGAUCGAUCCAAAGUCUGGGGUCAUCCGCACAAAUGGUCUGGUUGACCGAGAGACUGUAGAGUCUUAUCAGCUAAUAGUGGAAGCCAAUGACCAAGGUAAAGACCCUGGGCCACGUAGUACCACAGCCACAAUCCACAUCACAGUGGAGGAUGACAAUGACAACUCACCGCAGUUCAGUGAGAAACGCUAUGUGGUGCAGGUACCUGAGAAUGUGGUCUCAAAUACUCACAUCCUACGGGUAAAUGCGACAGACCGUGACAAAGGUAGCAAUGCUCUAGUGCAUUAUAGCAUUAUGAGUGGCAACACUCGGGGGCAGUUCUACAUUGAUGCCCAGACAGGCAACAUUGACGUGGUCAGCCAGCUUGAUUAUGAGAUGAAUAAAGAAUAUACCCUUCGCAUUAGGGCCCAGGAUGGAGGAAGGCCCCCGCUCUCCAACAUCAGUGGACUGGUGACCAUUCAGGUGCUGGACGUAAAUGAUAACGCUCCUAUCUUUGUCAGUACCCCUUUCCAGUCCACAGUCCUAGAGAAUGUGCCUGUUGGCUAUUCUGUCAUCCACAUCCAAGCCAUUGAUGCAGAUUCUGGGGAGAAUGCCCGGCUAGAAUAUGCUCUGGUUGACACGAGCUCUGAUUUCCCCUUUACUAUCAACAACAACACAGGAUGGAUAGUGGUAGCCUCCGAAUUGGAUCGUGAGGCGGUGGACUUUUACAAUUUUGGUGUUGAGGCCCGAGACCAUGGCAUCCCAUCAAUGACUUCUUCAGCCAGUGUCAGCAUUACUGUCUUGGAUGUUAAUGACAAUAAUCCUGAAUUCACCCAAAAGGAAUAUGCUGUGCGUCUGAAUGAAGAUGCUGCUGUAGGCACCAGUGUCCUUACAGUCUCUGCUAUUGAUUGGGAUGUCAACAGUGUCAUCACCUACCAGAUCACCAAUGGAAACACCCGUAACCGCUUUUCCAUCACCAGUCAGAGUGGUGGUGGUCUUAUCACUUUGGCCCUACCCUUGGAUUACAAAUUAGAGCGCCAGUAUCUGCUUACUAUCACAGCUUCUGAUGGUACUCGGUUGGACACAGCACAAGUCUUUGUCAAUGUGACUGAUGCCAACACCCAUCGUCCAGUGUUCCAGAGCUCCCAUUAUACUGUUAACAUCAAUGAGGACCGGCCCGUGGGCACCACAGUAGUGAUCAUUAGUGCUACAGAUGAGGAUACUGGGGAGAAUGCUCGCAUCACUUACUUCAUGGAAGACAGCAUCCCUCAGUUUAAGAUUGACAUGGACACUGGUGCUGUCACUACCCAGAUGGAACUGGAUUAUGAGGAUCAGGUGUCAUAUACUCUUGCAAUUACAGCCAGGGACAAUGGUAUCCCACAGAAAUCAGACACCACCUACCUGGAAAUAUUAGUCACUGAUGUAAAUGACAAUGCACCCCAGUUCUUAAGAGAUGGCUACCAAGGUUCUGUAUAUGAGGAUGUCCCAGCCUUCACUAGUGUCUUGCAGGUUUCUGCUACUGACCGAGACUCUGCCAUGAAUGGUAGGGUGUUCUAUACCUUUCAGGGUGGAGAUGAUGGGGAUGGAGAUUUCAUAAUUGAAUCCACCUCAGGCAUUGUUAGAACUUUGCGUAGGCUAGACAGGGAGAAUGUCCCCCUGUAUGAGCUUAGGGCAUAUGCAGUUGAUAAGGGUGUACCAGCCUUGAGAACUCCCGUUGAUGUCCAUAUCACAGUCCUUGAUGUCAAUGAUAACCCUCCAGUCUUUGAACGGGAUGAGUUUGACAUCUUCAUUGAGGAGAAUAGCCCCAUUGGUUUAGUGGUGGCUCGGAUCACAGCCAGUGACCCAGAUGAGGGCACCAAUGCCCAGAUCAUGUACCAGAUAGUAGAGGGUAACAUUCCUGAGGUCUUCCAGCUUGACAUCUUCUCAGGAGAACUGACAGCACUGAUGGAUUUAGAUUAUGAAGCCAAGUCUGAAUAUGUCAUUGUGGUACAGGCCACAUCAGCUCCACUGGUGAGUCGGGCUACUGUGCAUGUCCGCUUACUGGAUAAGAAUGACAACGUACCUGUCCUGAAGAACUUUGAAAUCAUCUUCAAUAACUACAUCACAAACAAGUCCAGCAGUUUCCCUACAGGGGUGAUAGGCAUGAUUCCGGCCUAUGACCCGGAUGUCUCUGAUAAUCUUACCUAUAGUUUUGAACAGGGCAAUGAACUGAAACUGGUGCUUCUGAACCACAGCACUGGAGAGCUGCGUCUGAGCAGGGCCCUGGAUAACAACAGGCCUUUGGAGGCAAUCAUGAGAGUUUCUGUUUCAGAUGGAAUCCACAGUGUGACUGCCCAGUGCACACUUCAAGUGACCAUCAUCACAGAUGAAAUGCUAACCAACAGUAUUACCUUGCGGCUAGAGAACAUGUCGCAGGAACGUUUCCUUUCUCCUCUGUUGGCCCUCUUCCUUGAAGGAGUGGCUACUGUGCUGUCUGCUCCUCGUGACCAUGUUGUCCUUUUCAACAUCCAGAAUGAUACAGAUGUGCAAGCUGCACAGAUCCUUAAUGUCAGUCUCUCAGUGUCAUUGCCAGAUGGAAUCCAUGGGGGCCACUAUAUUCCUUCAGAGGACCUGCAGGAGCGACUUUACCUCAACCGCACACUCCUGGCAGCCAUCUCAGAGCAGCGAGUAUUGCCUUUUGAUGACAACAUUUGUCUGCGGGAGCCCUGUGAGAAUUACAUGCGUUGUGUCUCAGUGCUGAAGUUUGACAGCUCAGCACCCUUCAUUGCUUCUGAUACCAUCCUUUUCCGACCCAUCCAUCCUGUCAAUGGUCUACGCUGCCGCUGCCCGCUUGGCUUCACUGGUGACUAUUGCGAGACUGAGAUUGAUCUCUGUUAUUCUAACCCCUGUGGAAACAAUGGACACUGCCAAAGCCGUGAAGGAGGUUAUACAUGCGAGUGUCAAGAGGGAUACACUGGGCAGAACUGUGAGGUGAACUCGCGCCUGGGUCGCUGCACACCGGGGGUCUGCAAGAAUGGUGGCACCUGUGUCAAUCUGCUGGUAGGUGGGUUUAAGUGUGAUUGCCUGUCCGGACACUACGAGAAGCCCUACUGCCAGAUGAGCACUCGCAGCUUCCCUGGGCAUUCCUUCAUCACCUUUAAGGGCCUACGCCAGCGUUUCCACUUCACCAUCACUCUCACGUUUGCCACUAAGGAACGGGACGGGAUGCUCCUGUACAAUGGACGUUUCAAUGAACGCCAUGACUUUGUUGCACUGGAGAUUGUGCAGGAGCAAGUGCAGCUGACCUUCUCAGCAGGAGAGUCAACGAGCACAGUCUUUCCAUUCAUUCCCGGGGGUGUGAGUGAUGGGCAGUGGCACACUGUUCACCUGCACUACUACAACAAGCCUGUCAUGGGCAAAUCCGGAGUUCCUCAGGGGCCCUCUGAUCAGAAGGUGGCUGUGGUGACAGUGGAUGACUGCGACACUUCAGUGGCCUUGAAGUUCGGGCCCAUCCUGGGAAACUAUUCUUGCUCAGCUCAAGGGACCCAGUCGGGCACUAAGAAGUCCCUGGAUCUGACCGGUCCAUUGUUAUUAGGUGGCGUUCCUGAUCUGCCCGAGAGUUUCCCUGUACGGAAUCGGCACUUUGUAGGCUGUAUGCGGGACUUCCUGAUUGAUAAUCAAGAGGUGGACAUGGCAGACUUCAUUGCCAACAAUGGGACUGUGCCUGGCUGUUCAGCAAAGAAGAAUGUGUGUGACAGCAACACAUGCCACAAUGGAGGCACAUGUGUCAACCAGUGGAACACCUUCAGUUGUGAGUGCCCUCUGGGUUUUGGAGGCAAGAACUGCAAGCAAGAAAUGGCUAGUCCCCAGCACUUCUUGGGCAACAGUGUGGUGAACUGGAGUAAUUUGGCAUUAGUCAUUACACUUCCGUGGCACAUUGGAUUCAUGUUCCGUACGAGGCAGGGCAGUGGUGUCCUCCUACAUGCUACGGCUGGGCAGCAUUCUACCAUCACCCUGCUGCUGAGCGAGGGAAACGUGCUGAUGACUGUGUACCGUGCCAACAGCCAGGUCUCAGCACUGCGGCUGCACCAGGUGAAAGUGAAUGAUGGCGACUGGCACCACCUGCAGUUGGAACUUCACAACAGCAGGGACAUCCCAGAGGCCCAGUGCCUAGCCAUCAUGGCCUUUGAUUAUGGCAUCCAUCAGGCGGUGGCCAACAUCAGCAGUGAGUUACAUGGACUGAAAGUGCGGACUCUGAGUAUUGGCGGCUUUCUGGGAGAGGAGAAGGAAGUGCAGCAGGGCUUCCGUGGCUGCAUGCAGGGCUUACGAAUGGGUGAGACAUCAGCCAGUGCUGUGGCCCUGAAUGUAAACCAAGCUGAAAAGGUGAAUGUGGAACGGGGCUGCAUCAUCACUGACCCCUGUGACUCUAACCCAUGUCCUGUAAAUAGCUACUGCAAUGACGACUGGGAUAGUUACUCGUGCAGCUGUGAUCCAGGUUACUAUGGUGACAGUUGCACUAACGUCUGCUCCCUCAAUCCUUGUGAGCAUCAAGCCACGUGUGUCCGCAAGCCCAGCUCAUCCCAUGGCUACACCUGUGAGUGUCCUGACAACUACUUUGGGCCCUACUGCGAGAACAAGCUUACUCAGCCCUGCCCUCGAGGAUGGUGGGGGCAUCCUAUAUGUGGACCCUGCAACUGUGACAUUGACAAAGGCUUUGAUCCUGACUGCAACAAAACCACUGGAGAAUGUCAUUGCAAGGAGAACCACUACCGACCGGCGGACAGUGCUGUGUGUUUGCUUUGUGACUGCUACCCCACAGGCUCGCUGUCUCGCACUUGUGAAUCUGAGACUGGGCUGUGUUCCUGCAAGCCUGGUGUGAUUGGACGCCGCUGUGACCACUGUGACAAUCCCUUUGCAGAAGUUACCAUCAAUGGCUGUGAAGUGAACUAUGACAGCUGCCCCCGUGCUAUUGAAGCUAACAUUUGGUGGCCCCGUACCCGCUUUGGCCUGCCUGCAGCUGCCCCAUGCCCCAAGGGAUCUGUCGGGACUGCUAUACGGCACUGUGAUGAGCACAAGGGCUGGCUGGCUCCCAACCUCUUUAACUGCACUUCACUGACUUUUGCUACUCUCAAGGGCUUUGCAGAGCGGUUUUUGCGGAAUGAGUCACUGCUGGACACAGAGCAGUCUCAGCGGAUAGCCCUGCAACUUCGCAAUGCUACGCAGUAUACAGUCAACUUCUUUGGCAGUGACAUCAAGGUGGCUUAUCACCUCUCAGCCCAGCUCCUGAAACAUGAAAGCACCCAAGAAGGCUUUGGCUUGGCCGCUACACAGGAUGUUCACUUCACUGAGAACCUGCUCAAAGUGGGCAGUGUCCUACUGGAUGCCAGCAACAAGCGGCAUUGGGAAUUGAUCCAGCAGACUGAGGGGGGCACAGCUCAGCUGCUCAGACACUUUGAGGACUAUGCCAGCACUCUGGCCCAGAACAUGCGCAAGACAUACCUGAGCCCCUUCACCAUCAUCACACCCAACAUUGUCAUCUCUGUAGUGAGGCUGGAGAAGAUGAACUUUGCUGGCGCAAAGCUACCUCACUAUGAGGCUGUCCGGGGCGAGAAACCUGCGGACCUGGAGACAAGUGUCAUCCUUCCUGAGAGUGUAUUCAAGGCUCCUGAAAGCAAAGCACCAACUAUGACCAAUGCCAAGCAUCUCCCCGGGGGUGGUGAGGACGAAGAAGCCACCCUGAUGACAAGACAGAAGAGGCACCCAGAUCUCAGCGAGGGCCAGGCCAUUGCCAGUGUCAUCAUCUAUCGCACGCUUGCAGGGCUGCUUCCAGAGCAGUACGACACAGACAAGCGGAGCUUGAGGGUUCCCAAGCGCCCCAUCAUCAACACCCCAGUAGUGAGCAUCAACAUCCAUGAUAACGAUGCCCUGAUGCAACGGGCCUUGGAGAAACCUAUCACCGUCCAGUUCCGGCUGCUGGAAACUGAGGAGCGAACCAAGCCCAUCUGUGUCUUCUGGAACCACUCCAUCCUGGUCAGUAGGGUUGGUGGCUGGUCAGCCAAGGGGUGUGAUGUUGUCUUCAGGAACGAGACCCAUGUCAGCUGCCAGUGUAAUCACAUGACCAGUUUUGCUGUGCUGAUGGACGUUUCUCGCAGAGAGAAUGGCGAGAUCCUUCCCCUGAAGACCAUCACCUAUGCCUCUAUUGCUGUGACCCUGGGCAGCCUCUUACUUACUUUCUUCUUCCUGGCUGGCCUACGUGCCUUACGAUCCAACCAGCACAGCAUCCACAAGAAUCUAGUGGUGGCACUGUUUCUUUCUGAGCUUAUCUUCCUGCUGGGCAUCAACCAAGCUGAUCUACCAUUUGCCUGCACGGUCAUUGCUAUCUUGUUGCAUUUUCUGUACAUGUGCACCUUUGCCUGGGCACUACUGGAAGCACUGCAUAUCUACCGCAUGCUGAGUGAGGUGCGCGACAUCAACUAUGGCCCCAUGCGCUUCUACUACAUGGUUGGCUGGGGAGUUCCAGCAUUUAUUACAGGGCUUGCUGUGGGUCUGGACCCUGAAGGCUAUGGAAACCCAGACUUCUGUUGGCUCUCCAUCUAUGAUACUCUGAUCUGGAGCUUCGCUGGACCCAUCGUUUUUGCUGUUGCGAUGAGUGUCUUCCUCUAUGUCCUGGCCACCAAGGCUACUUGUGCUGCUCAGCAACAGGGUUUUGAGAAGAAGGGGACAGUCUCUGGUCUGCGCUCCGGCUUCGUCUCUCUGCUGCUGAUCAGUGUCACCUGGUUUCUGGCCCUGCUGUCUGUCAACAGUGAUGCCAUCCUCUUCCACUACCUCUUUGCUGGCUUUAACUGCAUCCAGGGACCCUUAAUUUUCUUCCUCUGUGUCGUAUUUUGCAAAGAAGUGCGGAAGGCUCUCAAGUCCAGUUGUGGCAAAAAGCACAGCACAGACCCCACACUCACCACCAAAUCUACUUUGACAGCGGCUUACAACUGUAACAACACGUAUGUUGACGGGCAAUUGUACCACACACCCUUUGGAGACUCCACAGGAUCUUUGCACAGCACUGUCCGCUCAGGCAAGAGUCAGCAUAGCUACAUUCCAUUUGUGCUCAGAGAGGAGUCCGGCUUGAACAACAGCCAGUUACACAUUGGGCCUAUGGAUCCCAACUCACUCUUCUUGGAAGCCAAGGAUCAGAACAAUGAACGUGACACUGACUCAGACAGUGACCUCUCUCUGGAGGAUGAUCAGAGUGGUUCCUAUGCUUCUACCCACUCCUCAGACAGUGAAGAAGAUGAAGAAUUUGCGAGGGAGCCCUGCUGGGAGAAUUUGCUGUGCCCUAACAAUGAAAAAAUGCCAGCACACAGCACUCCAAAAGCAGACAACCUUUCUGGUCCUGGCAAACCAUACUGGCCAGGAGACUUUGUGACCACUGCUAGCGAGAGUGAUGGACAUGCUGGGUCUGAGAAGCUACAUGUGGAGCCUAUGGGCAAGAAUGAUUGGCUGGGGCAGGCAGCGGAAGCUCCCAGGGAGAAUGGAGAGACACAGACCAGGGAGAGCAUCUUGAGCUCACUGCCUCACCCUGCUGCCCAGCCCCAGAAAGGCAUCUUGAAGAAGAAGUGCCUGCCACCCAUCAGUGAGAAGAACAGCAUUCAGCGUAUCCACAACAAGCUGUCCAGCUGCCGCUCAGGGAUGGUUUCUUCACAUGGCUCUUCAGGCAGUGAUGGCAGUCGUGGGGGAGGGGCACCACGGCCCCGCCAGACACUCCAGGAGCAGCUCAAUGGCCUUACACCAAUUGCCAUGAGUAUAAAGACUGGCACAGUGGAUGAGGACUCCUCGGGCUCCGAAUUUCUGUUUUUUAAUUUUCUCCAUUAACACACGAGCCCCAGGGGGGUGCUUUGCCCAGACCUGCUCAUGAACAUGCUCAUAUGUUUGUGUUUCCCCCUUUCCCGUCUCGCUUUGUGUUUGAUCACUGAGCAGGAGUGAUGAAACGUCAAUCUGACGCCGCACGCACCAGACUCUUUCUCUCGUGCAUUGGCCAGUCCGGGAGCUUAGGAUUGCUCUCAAACCGCAGCGAGGAAUGUUGUCUCCUUCCGUCCGGCCCAGCCCUUCAUGGCCUGGGUAGCCGGACCCACUAUAUGUAGUGCCAAAUGAAACUGACUGGCCACCCUGGCACCAGGGCCGUGGCAGGUCCCAGGAGACAGACCUACUUGAACAGAUGCACUUUGAAACAUUGUACAAUGGACAGAAACCCAAACUUGACCACCUCCAAGUCUUCAGGGAUUUUCAUGCUUUGUUCCCCAGCCUGGAACUGUUGCGUGUCUGGAAUAUUUUUCUUAUCUUUCCAGUUGGUCAGGAGAGCCUCAACAGCAACCACAUGCCUGGGCCUCUGGAAAUGCUUUACUGUACAGAUUUUGCAUAUCUGACAGUGCGGCUGAGUAGGGAUCAGUGUGCUUGAAAAUAGAUGCCACUAGGGGGCACAGAACAUUGUAGCUUUUAGCCUGAUGUGGCCAAUCAGAAAUGGCACAAAUUUUGGAGGGGCAGGACACUGCUCUGACUGUCUCCUAAGACUGGGGAACUUUGGAUUAAGGCCUGAGAUCACAGCACCAUGAGGUCUCUGUUCGGCAUUAUGUAGGCACUACAGGCAGACUCUGCAUUAAAGCUGACCUCCCUAAAAGCCCAAUCCCAGGAGAUAGCCCUGGCCUCCCUCUGCAUUAGGGGUGUGGUUUUGCCGUUACAGGAGGAGUUAAAAGAUACCUCCAGGAACAACUGGUGGAUGUUAACACAGUGGGCAAGUCAGUCUCCAUUUGUUUGGCACAUCGGAGAGAUGUGGGGCUGAAAUACUGACUGCCACACCAAGCGUUUGCAGAAUUGAGAAAGGCUGACUAUCAGGAAAAGAAAAUCCAAUAAUUUUUUCUUCUUCAUCAUCCAAAUAAUUUCCUGUAUAAAGACUUGAGCGCUCCCUGCAUAAUAGCACUCAACACCAUCUGUUCUGGCCCACGGAAAAGAAAAGUGUUUUUUGAUUGUGUUACUUAAAGAAGUGGUAAAGUUUGUAACAAAAAACCCAGAGCCAGUUCCCCAGGAUGCUGCAUAUAUCUAUUGACUCCGCAGGUCUGCAUUGGCUGAGAAAUCUUGCCCCUUCUCUGGCAAGUUGCUCACCUCAGACUUGGUGAUCCAGAUGGCACAAUGGAACCAGAGAACUCUGUGGGACUUGUUCUGACUGGUGUUAGAACCUGAUACAGAAGACUGGCAUCAGUGGAAGUGCUCCCUCUUGGACCACAAAAACCAACUUUUUGAACCACUUGAUUGUGGCAGCCACCUCUCCAAGCUCAGCCUGCCAAUUCAGUGACUUGGCCCCAUUGAGACUGCUCUGAGAGGCAUCCCACAAGGUGCUGAGCACUGUGGGAGUGGCCUGCUGAGCCAUCUGUCCAUGCUGCAAUUAUUUUCAUAGAAAACGACAAAAAGAAAAAAGUCCUCUUGACCAGUCAGCAUCUGCUCCCUGUGUUGCUGGACUGGAGCACGGAUGCUGCCUUGAUGUCUCCCAAUAGCGCCCGACUCGCACGCCGACAGGGUGCUGCCUUUCUGCCUCAGAAGCCUUCAUUUUUUUCUACACUCAGCCAAGCCAGAUGCCUGCUCAUCAGGGGGGAUUUUCAUGCUGGGGUCCUUUUGGAAAGUUUUUUAUAAUGUUCCUGGGAAAGAGAUUUUUCUGAUAAGGGAAUGGGAAAAGAGGGGGGCAGCUUGGGGAGGGGUGAAGGUACUGUUUAUUUUGAUGUACAUUUUUUUAUUUGACCACUGCUGAAGGAUGUUCUAAUUUAAAGGGAUGAAAAGCUGUCUGGGUUACAACUUUUAGCUUUGUAGCUAUAUUAAGUCUUGUUAGACUCUGCCAUGCUUUACCGACUUAGCCAAGGUUUGCACAAGGAGGAGUUAAUUGGAACUUUGAUGAUCUUCAGGGCUUGGCUGACCCAAGGAUGGCGUUCUCAAAAUGAGCCAUCUCCUGUCAUCGCCUCUGGAAAUCUGGCCGUUGCCGUCCAGCCUUUUGGGGCCUCCUUGCAAAUUCCUAGCCCUUUCUUGGAAUCUUUUAAUUUAACAAGAUGUGAUGCUUUUCAAUGUGUCUUGUCAGCCUGGCACGUCCGUCGCAGCUGCUGUGUGUGUGAACAACAACGUUAAGCCGACAGGAGAUCAGUUUCAACGCAGCCUCCUAUGUAGGGUAAUUGAUCUAAUGCAUUUUGUUUCCAUCAGAAGGUAUCCAGUUCAAGCCUAGUUCAAAGAAUGAGAGAGAUGUUUUUUCCCCAAUGUACAAGGAGAAGCAAUUGAAUUCUAGCUGGGGAGGAGGGAAUCUAUGCUGCCCUGACCAUCAGUUCCGCAUAAGUUAACUCCUGUUCUGUCAGCCUAAGGAGAGUGGUGACUCAUCUGGAAAUCAAAAGCCCAGCUAAGGAAUUAUAUGUGUACUCUCUCCACUCUCCUGGUAGGUGAUUUACCAUAAUAUUGCAGCAUUAAAAGGCAAGCCGUGCUUUGGGUCAUCACACAAGUAGACCAUGUCCUCCUUCAGGAGCCUCAUGGGUAAGACUGUUGAUGCCUCAGCCAGUACAGAAUGGGACACUCCUAUUGGCCCUAUAGCUAGUAUACCAAAACCUCCCAGGGGGGAAAACGUAUUCUGAUCAACUGUACUCACCUGACAUAAAGAGAUGCAGCAGAGAAAUUGGCAUGGAUGAAAGCAAGCAAGAAAGCUCCCCACCCCACCCCACCCCCAGUUCCCAUUGCCAACUCACGGAGCAAGAGUAAAUAAUAGAUUGAAUCUCCGUGUGUGUGUGUGAUCAGUGUGAAAUUUAAGAAUCCGCUCUGCAGAUGUGAAUGAAAAAUGGGAGGCAGAAUUAAUGGCUACUGUACAAAUGUCUUCCAUAAAGGACGCCCCCCCCCCUUCCUGGGCUAUAGUUCUCUGGAUGGCCUUUGCCAAUGUUGUUCCCUUUUUGGGGUGGCAUGGUAGGCAAAUACCCAGGAGCUGAAGCCUUCCUGAUCAUUGCAGGCACACGUUGAGAAAAGAGCCACUUGUGGAGUUUUUGUCUCUCACAUAAUUGUUAAAGGUACAGGAGCUGUGCCAGAAAAAGACCUUGGCCAGUUCUGUCUCCAGUUCCUCACAAUACCUCAAACCAGUGGUGGGAUUAAAAUAAUUUAACAACGGGUUGUUUACAAGCACCAUUUUAACAACUGGUUCUGCCGAAGUAGUGUGAACCUGCUGAAUCCCACCACUGCCUCAAACCCUGAUUUGCCACCCAUAUCGGUCCUACAACAAGUGUACAAACUAGCCUGUGAUACCAAUGUCCUAUGCAAGAUGUGUGUUUUUUUCUGUCAUAUGGAGACUGCAGGAGUGGCCCAAAGGAGUCGGGGUCACUGAGCUCUCCUGUCAUGACUUCUGGAAAAAAGGUCUUCAGCCUGUGACUAUGCCCCAAAUAGGACAGACAUUGAGUGGGUGGGAAUUCCCCUCAAUUAGUGACGAAGGAUAAAUUGUCAGGAUAGUUGUUGUUUUUAAAGUCGCUGAUUGGGAGGGGUUGGGUUCCCAUGGGAAACUUCAUGAAAUAACUGAGCUUCUGCUUCAUCGCAUCACUGGUAUCACUUAGCCUUUUCAAACCCAUGCGCUGCCAUGGAGAGAAAACACAGCUCACCUGUUGGCUAUUUCACCUGUGGAGAAGAUGUGAUAGGCAUGUCUGCUUUUUAAUUUAUUUGUAAUUGGUUUUUUUAAUAUAUAAAUAUAUUAACUGGAGAGUGUCUAUCCGAAACUGUGCCAUCUGAGGAGGGCUGGAAUAAAUAUGGGGGAGGGUUCGGGGGGGGGGGGGGAUACAUGUCAUCAGCACCUGAAGCAUUAAGAGGUACAGAGAAGAAAAUGUGUGCACCCUGUCCGUCAUCAAAACCUGAUCAUUGUCUUAUGGGUUGGGAGAGACACCAUGAAACUUCUGGAAGAGGGGGAGACAAAUUAACUGAUGCGCGAACGGUAUAUUGGGUUUUCAGAGUCUGUUCAUUAGCAGCUGCUGUGAAACUGCAAUUACAGACUUUGACUAUACUCUUCUCAAAACUAAGCACACCUUUUACUGCACAGGUAAUGAAUAAUCACCACUGUCUAAACCUGCACUUUGCUGAUCAUAGGCCCAGGACCAUAGUAUGUUAACAGCAAAAAAUCAGUGGUUUUGCCAGAGGCAGGUAGGAUUAUCUUCUUCUUCCUGAUAGUGCUCCAAUACCUGAAAUAGCUGCACAAUGUAUAGGAUUCCAGCAGAUUUUUAAAAUUCUGCUUCCAGGCUAGGGAAAGCCAAACCUGUUUAGUUUCUACCUGGCAAGCAACUGUAAGAAGCCAAGGAGCCGUGGCAGGAAAAAAGGGGCAUUCUACCAUUCCUGAGAAUACCAGAUGUCCCACCAUCAGCUACCUGGGCAAGGGGAGGGGGCACAGCAUGAAGAAAGAGAGCCAGCUGUUCCUGCAAAGGAUAAUGUUUUGAUAAAUAUUGAUAUGCUACUGGCUAUCUUUGGUGCUAAUGGUUGGCCCCUCCUACCCUAAAUAAUAAAAAUCAUAGUUCUGUU